AUGUCGAUUGCGAAGGCGUAUGGACCAUAUGAUCGGAGUCUGGGUUUCCGUCAGAGCUGGAGCACUUUGCCUAGUGUUGCGCGAGCUACUCACUGCGAGAAACGUAUGGUGCGCUCUCCUCUCCGCUUCGUCCACGUCCGUCUUGCGAAAAUUAACACCCCGGCAGCCAGAAGUAGUAGGACCAAGGUGGCCCCAACGCUGACGCCUGCGGUUGCCCCCUUUGAAAGUCCCGAAGAACUGCUGCCUUGUGGGUUCGCUGGGUUCGCGGCCGAAACUGAGCUUGAUGAUGAGGUGGUCGCUGCCGUGUUUACAUCCAAAGUAGUCGUCGGACCAGCUGUGGUAAUAGACGUGAUUGGAGAACUCGAGCUCUCCACAGUGCUGGACGUGGUCGGUUCAGAGCUUGUCGACCGAGUUGAGCUGGUCGAAGAGCUGGAGCUGGAGCUGGUCGACGAACGUGAGCUUGUUGAAGUACUCGACGUCGAAGUGCUCGACGUCGAUGUUAUAGGUGGCUUCUUCCUGAAUGGCUCAGCGCUUUGGGGAUUGCUGGAGAGCUUCGCCCGCACCACGUCCCCGGCCGGGCACUCGCUUUCACAAGCAUUGGAAGAACAGCAUCCUAAAAAGGGCUUAUCCAAGUCAGGGCAUGUGUACCAGUCACCUUUUGAGUCUAGGCAUUCCUGGUCCGUGAUGUUUGCGCCCCUCUCCUUCUUGAAGCUGGAGUAA